GAUGUUACCUUCAACCAGGGUACGUGCUUCAACCACACAAAUUGAAGUGAGCUGGGCACUGUCAUCAAGUCUAUGCUCCCCUGAAUACUAUAUCAUACGCUACAGUCUAUAUCAGAAGCUUGCCUGCUCUUCACCAGAAACCAACCAAACAGAGUUUGAAGUUAAUACCACCUCUACACAACAUAUUAAUCUAGCGGGGUUUGAGCCUAACUCGCGAUACAAUAUCUCAGUUACAGCUGUAAAUGGUGCCGGGCAGAGUGAACCCACGAUCGGCUAUUCAGAUACCAGCCAGGGACCACCGUCCAACAUUACAAAUGUCAGGGUUAAUCCAGAAAGGACGUCUCCAACACGAUUAGGAUUCACCUGGCAACCUCUCAACUGUAGUAAUGUGAAUGGAGUGUUCUGGUACUACUUUGCUAGAAUCUACAAGGAUGGUGAUAGAAAGAAACUACCGGCUAAGAAGACAUACUUGGAUAACAUUUCAGACUCAUCAAUAGAGUUCAAUGGUCUUGAGGCUUGCACGAUGUAUGAACUGAAUAUCAAUGCCGUCAACAGUGUUGUGUUGACUCCUGGAAAUGUGUCUCAUGCUAUCGGUGUGACGGGAGUUACUUUGUUGAAUAAAGUCACAAGUGCAUCCGCUUAUGCAACUGAGGAUCAACCCAGUCUGACAGUUCAGUGGAGUGUUCCGUCUCAAUGCAAUGUGGAUUACUACAGGGUAUCAUAUCAGCUCAUCUCACGUAAGGCAUGUCAAGAUGUCCCUGUAAUAGAUGCUCCAGUCUACGAACUCAACGUCACAUCAGAUUUCACAGAUGUCUCCAAAUAUCUUUCAAACUUGGAAUAUUAUGCCACUUAUAACAUCUCCAUCAUAGCUGUGAUAAUGAGAGAGGAGAGCCUACCUAUGAAUGUUAACGGAGACACACGAGAUGGAGACCCCUCUGCUAUCGAGUCAGUGUCGUACACCUCUACUGCCCACUCCUUGCGCUUUGUGUGGGUGGAACCCUCUUGUGAAAGCCUACACGGUGUUUUUGAUCGCUACGAAUACGAUCUCUAUGAUCCUACUAAUGGGGGUAGAUAUGUCCAGAAGAAACUAUCUCCUGGGAUGCCAGAUAUUACAGAGCUUACCCCGCAUCAGGAAGACAGUGGCACUACUGGCUUGAUAGUAUCAUGGCAACCUCCUUCCUCACCUCCAUGCCAGCCUACGCAUUAUGAAAUCAAGUACUAUGUGCUUCAAGGCGAUAUGUGUGAGGAUAACUCGAUGGAUCGUAUAAUGACUUCAGCGGGGACCGUCAAUGGUUCAACUUUCACCUUCAAUAUCCUUGAGUUGCGUCCCAACUCUGAGUACAGGGUGUUCGUGAGAGGCAGAACCAGUAGCGGUUAUGGCGAUUCGGAUUCCAGAGCAGCUACUACAGGAUAUUCAUGUUAG